AUGGUCAAGGGCAACCCCAAAUCCUCGGCAUCAUCCAGUACGAGGAAAAAACAUGCAAAGAAGGCACUUGGCACACCCGAUCAGCCAGAUACACCCAUCAGGGAGAAGAAACCUAAGGCGAAGGAGAAGGGCAAGGGGAAGAGCGGCUCCAGCAAGAAGGAGCCGCGCGUGAAGAUGUACAUUCCGCCUACGAAGCCCGCGCCGGUACAGCCAGAUCCCCUGGACUCGAUGGGGCUCGCCCACCGCCUCCCACCCGAUCUACUCGUUGUUCUGCGCAGUCUGGGCAAGAAGGCGGAGGUGACCAAGGUGCGCGCGCUGGAAGAGUUGCAGGCGAACUGGGUCGACCGGUGCGACGACGAGGCUGUUCUGUAUGUCAUAACGGAUAUGCUUCCCGUAUGGUUGCACCACAUCCCGACCCUGUUCGUCCACCCUUCACGGCGUAUCCGUCUCCUCGGGGCCUCCAUCCACGCUGCCUUCCUCAACAUCGCCUCUCUUAGAGACCACAUCUCCCUCUUUCUCGCCGACUCCGCCCCGUCCCAACUCGAGUCCAUCCUUGGCACAUGGUGCAUCGCCGCGCACGAUGUCGACCGAGCCGUUGCCCUCAAUGCCUCCAAGUCCUGGAACGCCUUCAUUUCACGCAGCGGCCGGCCCCCACCAGCACUCACUCUGACCUUCGAGUUCUGCCAAAGAAUGGUCCUGGAUCCGCUGGGGACGUACGUCUACCUCAACCCGCCCCAGCCCGCCGCCGCCGCCGCCCCGCCGCCUGCUCCUCACGCCCGCACGAAAGCGGCGAGCAGACACGGACACGGGUCGGGGCACCAAACCCCUGUCCGCCAGCGCGACGACCCAGACGCGGCGCCCCGCGAGCGUGACGAUGAGCACGAGGAGGCGGAGAUAGACCGCAAGGCCCGCCUGCGCGUCGGCGCGUUCGGCGCCAUUGGCUCGCUACUGACGCGAUGCGUCGAGGAGGAGUACGAGGGGGUGGACCAGGGUGGACACGUACUGCUGGUGAACCCCGCGCUGUGGACGGCGUUGUUCCACGAGAGCAGCUGCUCCGUCUGCCCCACCAUUGAGGCGUUUGGGGAAGCGCAACCUCCAGUGCGAAAAGCUGCGUGGGGUCUAGUCGAUGCACUCCUGCGCCUCCGCACACUGACACAAGGAAAGAUAGACUACGUACGCUCACCCCCAACCUCAAACUCAAACUCAAGCAGAGAAGGGGGAGAACAAGCAGAAGGAGGAGAAGGAAAGGGAGACGUUUUGAGUGUGAUGAGUGCGGCGCUCCUCCGCGCGGCGUGGACAGAGCCUGACCCUGGCGUGCGCACGGCGAUGUGGAGUCCGCUGUUGGGAUUUCUGAGAGCGUUUCCGGAGGCAUGGGAGCUCGAAGCGCGGUUCGCUACCACUUCUACUACGGUGACUGCGGGAGAAGGAGAUACCUUGGGCAUGGGCGAGGGCAGCGGCGACGAAGGGGAGGAGGAAGAGGAAGAAGGCGAACCCCCACCACCACCUCCACCCAUCCCUCAACCUUCGGCACAGUCAGAUUCGCCUCCGCCGUCUGCAGGGUACCUAUCCUUCCUGCAUUUCAUUGAGCGGGGAUGCGCUGGCGCCCCCGUCCAGGGGUACCCCGCCGUGCUGGUCGUGUUCGCGACCGUGCCUUUGAGUAUCAUGGCAUCCUCUUCACCGUCUCCCCUCGGCGCCGUUAUCGCAGCGUUCUGGGGCGCCGUCGAGUCCCGUGCGCUUAGUGGGAUGCAGCGCGGCGCGGCGUUAGCAGCAGGGGCAGCUUUUUUGGAGUCCCUGCUCGAGUGUGUGGUGUUCCUUGGGAAGCGCGUGCAUGGGGAGGGCAAGGAGGGGGAGAGGACACUGCUGCUUGGAACAACUGCAUCCACGUCCACCGCAACCAACACCUCUGCAUCUACGCCACACGAACCAAUCCCCGAUCCCAUAACCGAAGGCGGUGAGGCGCGUCUCAGCACACUAAUCGCCGCCCAAUUUGUGCGAUCACUGCACGAGAUCGCGGCCGGGAACUUGAAGGUUGAUCCCCGACGUGCUGGGGCUGUGUUGGCGCGCGGGUUUGGGAGGUUGCGAGGUAUUGAUGAAGGAUGGUACGCCCGUGCGUGGACCGGCUUCGCAGAGGCGGUUGGCGAGUAUUUCCUGUUUGUGGAUGUGCUGAAGGGGGUCUACGACGCCUCUGACAGAGUUGACGGUGAGGACGCGCGGCGGCUGAUAAUCGCGACGGUCGAGCGGUGCGUUGUAGGCGCUACACUCGAGCUUGGUAGGUUAGGUGAAAUAAAAACGUCAGAUGAGAUGAGCACGGGGUGUGUAACCGCACUGCUGGCGCUGCUGGACGCUUUCGGAGCUGGAUUGUGGGCGCUCGAUGAGGGUAUAGUAGCACGUCUGGAUGGGCUUGUGAACGAGGAGGUCGGGGCGCUCGUCGAACGAGCGCCAGAAGUGCUGCUCGCGUACAUCGGGGGGUGUCCAGACGAAAGGAGAAAAAGGGAGGUGUGGGGCAAGAUACUCGGGCGGGUCUGUCAGCAGUCACCGGAAGAGGGGGAGAAAAAAACAGAGGGAUUGCUGAAACUCCUGAGGCCAUGGAUCGACGCCGCCAAACGCGGGGCUCUGCCAGCCUCCCUCAGGCACCCUACAGCGUCGACCACUGGCGCUGUGGAUGGAUUGGUUGCUCGGUUCCUCGGGGACGCUUUGCAAGGCCGUGUUACAAACCCGGUUUCGGAGGUGUUAGUUGAAGUGUUCGCUGCGUCAGAUUAUUUCGUUACGAAGGAGGGUGUGCAGGGUGCCAUCGGCGCGGUUACAUCGUUCAUCACCGCAGAAGUCGAUGAGGUGCUGCGCGAUCGGGAGGCGACCCUGCGGCCCCUCGUUCUUCCCCUGCGAGUUCUUGACGCGAUCCUCAAGACCGACUCGAAGUAUAUGCUGCUAGAGAAGACGCUGGCGGUCUCUUUGACGCCGUCCCUGGCCCUCUCCGCGUACCUGCUACCACUCUGCUGCGCCGUCGAUGCAGGGGAACGCAAGCUCGCAGCGGAUAUUUAUGGGAUUUUGGUGGGGAGUGACGAUGAUGUGAAAGAGAGAACGGCUGCACUCGUGGUAGAGCGACUGCGUGCGCUCCUGGCAGAUCCCGAUGCCCGCCCGUCGUACGAACACAUACUCGCGGCGAUCAAGGCGGGGAUCCCUGGGAUGUCGAUUGACUUCAUGCGCGACGCUGCGCCGUCCAGAGUGGAGCUGGAUGCGCAGCUGGAUCAGCUGGAGGCGAAUCCACCCCACGCAAGCCUUGCCGUCAUCGACCCGCUAGUUCCCCCAGAAUCCUCCUUCGAAGCCGCCGAUGCCGACGCCCGAGCACCUGCAGCCACUGCGCGCUCCUACGCCGCUAUCGUCUCCGCCAUCUUGAAGCACCACCUCGACAAUCCACGCCUCCUUUCCCAUCACACGCAUCUAUGGACAAUCCGGCACUUCGUGGCGCUGUCCAUCUAUGCGUCCGAUUUGUUGGGGAUACCGUAUGCAGCGAGUAAGAGCGGUGUGUUCGGCGGUGGCGCUGCGGCAAGUGGCGUUCUGGCGGAGGUUGUGAGGGAUGUGGAGGCGGCGAUGAAGGUGAUCUUUGAGAACGAUGAGCCCCGAGGGUGGAGGCGCCUCGUCCUUGAGGCCGUACAAGCAAACAAGGUCGAUACGCUUGACGGCCUCCCACGAUUCGUUGCUGAGAUGAUCACGCUUUCGACGGAGAAGGAGACUAUCAGGGAGUCGCGCGCACUGCACCGGGUCCUACAGCGCGUCCUGGAUGAUGGUAUCAGCAGCGAGGAGGUCGACUUGUGGGUAGGCGUAGCAAGGAAACUCGAGAAACUAGCACUCUUGACGUCUCUCGCUCUCACCAAGGCGGUCUCCAGCAUCGGCGUUGAUUCCCCGCGGCUCGACAGAUACCGAAACGAACUGACCGCCUCAAUAACAGGCGUCCCGCCCUCCAAGGCCUCCACCGCCGGGCUCGCGCUCCUCCGCAAGCUCAUCGCCGCCGCGCCGCCUGCUGAUUCCGAUGUAGUAUUCCUCCCGCAGCAUAGAGCUGUGAAUCUUGUGAAGGCGUGCCAGCACUGGGCGACGUCCGAUGAUGAGGAUAUCGGGGAGGACGUCGAGUGCGCGAUGACCGAGGUAUUCGUGCACGUCGCGCCGAUAUUGCAGAAUGUACCCGGCGCGCAUUGGGAGUUUAUCUUCGAUGUCGUGGAGAGCAAUGUGGAGACAUGUUCCGUGGGCGACGCGUCGACGCUGGCGACUCUGUGGGCUACCGUGCGGCUAAUAAGCGCGAUCGAGGACCUGUCGUCGACCAACCGUGCCCUGCGGGGUGUGUGGCAGCUAAGGCGCACACCGGUGUUCAAGGCGCUCCGGGAUAUGGUUACGCGGCGCUUGCCCAUAGAGAGCGCGUCGGUGCCCCGCUCCGUAUGCCUCGAGGCGCUGCUCACUCUCCUGCAAGAAUUGCCAGACGCGUUGAUCGACUCGGAUACGUUUGCACACAUGUGCCCCCUCCUCACCGACCCCGCCACCCCCGUGCAGAAAGCCGCAUACGCGCUCCUCCAAAAAGCCGCGCAGAAGCACACGGAGCGCCUCGUCAUCGAGGCGGGCGUCGACGCGGACGCGCCGGUGCAGGGCGCGCUGCCUGAUGAGUUAAUUGAGGUUCUGAGGAUGGAUGAUCUGGGGGUGGAUGUGGAUGUGGAUGUGGGCAUGGAGGGGCAUUCAUCUCGCGUGUUCGCGCAUUUACUAGGGUGGAUGGUCCUUUUCGACCUCUUUGUGGACGCUUCGCUGAAAGUGCGCUCGGCCUACGUGGAGCAGCUGCGCGAGCUCGGCCUCGUCGCGACGGCCUUCAUCCCGCACAUUCUCGACAUUCUCCGCCUGACUGAGGGUGUUGUUGGGCGCGCGGUCAAGCUGGAUGUGUGGGCCGUGGAUGAGUUUUAUGUGCAAUACUACGACGCGCGCGCUCCAUUCAGCCUCCCACUGCUCGCCGCGCACCUGUACUUCCGCGCGCUCCUCACGAUCCCGAGCCUCGUCUACGCUUGGGUCUUGGACUGCAAGGACCGCCAGCUCUCCUCUUCUAUAUCCGCGUAUACGUCGUCGUAUUUCUCGCCGCCCCUCAUACGCGCGGAGCUCGCGCAUGUGCGGGAGUGCGCGCCGGGGCUGGCGGAUGAUGCGUUCGCUAUCAAAGUUACUAACGGGCACGUCAUAGACGGCCUGAGUGUGUUCAAGAAGAACGUGGCGCUCCAUUUCGAGGGACAGGUCGAAUGCGCCAUCUGCUACUCCGGCAUAUGGUGUGUAUCCUACUAUCGCGAGUUCUUUCUACAUCCUCAUCCUACUCCCUACUCUUCAUCCUUUCUACGCGCAAUCCUCAUCUACUCUUCAUCCUCCUCAUCCCUAUCCCUCAUCCUCCCUAAGCAACCCAGAUCUUAUUCCAGCAGGAUCCGUACCUUGUUCUGGAUCGCGGUAUCCAAUUUCAUCUUCCCAGUGAUUGCCAGCAUCACUUUGCUCGUCCUCUACUCCCGCGAGGGGGACUACCUCAAGUGCCUUAUGUUUUUAAUUUCCAACGCCUACAUUGAGAUUAUUGCUGUUCUGAUGGCAACGGUAUGGUCUGCAAGCACACAUUGGCAAGGAUCGGAGAGCCAUCCCCCCAACGCCCGAUUCGACGGCAACGGAGCAAGCGGCAUUCCUACGUCGAAAACCCGCUGGGAAGCAUCAAAUGCCCGCCCAUCUGCCUCGUUUCCAGUUCGCUUCGACGGCGACGGGCUCAGUAUUCCUACCUCAAAGGCUAUUCAACCUUCCCCUCGCGAAGAUAUUUAUGGAACUUUGGACUCUUCCGACCCCUUUGGGAUAUACCGGCCGAGUACUAAAGAAUCUGUAGCACUGCGCCGUGACCUGUAUGUUUGA